AUGACGACACGGAAGAUCCUCGUUACAGGUGCUACAGGCAAGCAAGGCGGCGCUCUCGUCAAAGCGCUGCUUGCGAACCCUCCUCCGUUUGACUACGAAAUCCUCGCCCUCACCCGCAAGACCACCUCCAACGCGGCCAAAGCUCUGGCCUCUAAGCCUCAAGUCACCCUCAUCGAAGGCGAUCUGGAUGAUUGCACAAGCAUCUUCACAAAAGCUGGAGGCAUUGGCGCCGUAUGGGGCGUCUUUUGCGUCACAAUGCCCAAUCUCAAGCAGAAGGUUGAGGGCAAGGAGGUACAACAGGGAAUUGAUAUGGUAGAUGCGGCUGUUGCCCACAAAGUCAAACACUUCGUCUACACAUCUGUCGAUCGUGGUGGCCCCGACAAAUCUGAAGUAGACGCCACCUACGUUGCUCACUUUGUUUCCAAGUACAAUGUGGAGAAGCAUCUGAAAGAAAAGACCCGAGGCACAGAAAUGACCUAUACCAUCCUGCGGCCGACGGCAUUCAUGGACAACCUGAAACCAAACCUCUUCGGCCGCCUCUUUGCCGCGAAUUGGCAUUCCAUGGGUGACAAGCCACUCCAACUGGUGGCAGUAAGGGACAUUGGGAUCUUUGCAGCCAAGGCGUUUGGCGCCGCGGAGACAGAAGACUACAAAAACACAGCAAUCAGUUUGGCCGGCUGUGAUCUCACCCAAGCCGAAGCCAACGAGAUCUUUUGGAAAGUACUUGGACGACCCAUGCCUCGCGCAUACGAUUUCGUCAGCAGUUUUUUCAUGUAUAUGGUGCCGGAAUUGGGCAACAUGAUUCGAUGGUUCAAGGAGCAAGGGUAUGGUGCAGAUUUGGCACAAUGUCGACGACUGAACCCACAGAUGAUGGAUUUUGAGGUAUACCUCCGAGAGGAGAGCGGCUUCAAACGGUAA